GAUGCUUAAGUAUAUGAACCACAUGGGAUCCCGUGUCUAUAUAGGCGGUUGCUCGGAUGCGGAUCCAGAGGGACCCCGCGUUUCUCCUUGCGCACCAAUCGCGUCACAAUGCUUCGCGCGCUCACCUCUUGAGCCAUGCCCUCUUUUCUCUUUCCUCGCAUACACUCAAUUCUAUCCUUCUCCUGCCCAACGUGAUUUAUAACCGUACGACUGAAUGAACAUAAUUUCAUGGCUCGAAGGCGUCGAUACCGAAGCCUCGAGCAAUGCUGCUCCGCAGCAGCUACCGGAGACCCGAAAGCGUAGACAACAACAACAACAACAACAACAACAACAACAACAAAUACCUACACCGACGGCAUCGACAACCGACAGCCCCAGUGCAGUGCUUCCGCCUACCAAGCGACGACGGCCCGAUAAAAAUGAAGGUGAUAUAGACCUAGAUCGCACUCCGAGGGCCAGGAGUAGCAAGGCAUUGUCUAUUUCGGAUACCGACAGCUACUCAUCAAACAAUUCAAGAAUAUCUCCUACUAAGCGGCUAGCGAAGCUCGAGCUUGCCCCCGACAGUCCCAUCUCCAUACAACAGAUUAUCAGAACAGAUCACCGUAUACCGACAGAACUCAAAACUAUCCUGAGGGACCUCGACAGCUUUCAAAAUCGGAACGGUAUCGUGCCUGAAUAUCUUGCAGCCGAGAUACAAACGUGUGCGGAAUAUGACGACGACUUCUACAAUUUUGCGCCUUCUACAUUCGAAAGAAGCGAUGGAGCUACCCAUCUUCCCGUCUCUCCUCCACGGCUUUCCUUGCACCAGAUCUUGGAAGUCUUCAAAUCAGCCAGAGAGUGUCUCAACGAGGACCACACGGAAGCAACGUGGAAUACCCUCGUUCACUGGCCGGUGUUCGAACUAGCCCUGGGGUCUAUAGCUGGUGUGUCAGAGAGAGCACGAUCAGCCUCGGCCCCCGGACAUAGAGCAGAGACAGCACAACCGGCCUCGGUCCCUGGGGAUAGAAUAGAAGAGCAGGGACGGGAAGAUCAAGUUCGUGUUUGUGGCAUGCCUUGUACAGCAGCCAGACUAAUAGGCCAUGCGCGCGGUUCUAAAAUGGUAGAUUAUUGUAUCUUCAUCGAGCCCGGGACGGAUGAAGCUGCAAAGAUCAAUGAGUUAAGGGAGAGAUGGGAAUACAUCAACCACACUGACUACUACCCGCUCCGCCGACGACCUAUCGUCCUUAGCGCCGAGUCUAAGAAACCCGGUAAAGGAUUUAAGAAUGCGCAAUUGCAGCUCAGCGUUUGGCAAGCUGCGCAAUGGAAGUUCCUUUCAGAUCUCUUAGCUGGAGAAUUUGAAGGGACGCAAGUGCCAGAGGCCAUUCCCUUCCUCCCCGCUCUUAUUAUACAAGGCCACGACUGGUAUUUUGCUGCCAGCACAAGGUUUAACAAUGAAACAAUACUGUGGAUAAAGCAACCUAUUGGUGCAACCGAAAGUAUUCUCGGUAUAUUCCAGAUUAUUCACGCCUUGCGUCAUAUUGCGGCCUGGAUACGCACCACAUACUGGCCUUGGUAUAAGCGUGCGAUUCUACAUUUACCUGUAGGAAAGUUAUUGGGAAACACUGCAUAAGAACACAAUCAAAUGGAUAAAGAGACUUGACGAAGACCGUAAAGACAACGAUAGGUUCGUUUUUCAACUUGCAAUUGGAUCUAGGGAAUAUGCGUUAAAGGUUGUAGGUAAAAGUUGAAGAAACAUGAUGUAUCGGGGAUAAUUAUAUGUAACGAACUUGCCAUACAUCGCCUGAGAGGUAUGGGCGAUACGUCAGAGUUCCUGAUUUGCAGGUAACAAUAGACGAAUCAACGGGUUUGUUCGUUAGGGAGGUUUUCAGGGACUCCCACCACUGAGGAAGGACAGGGGCUUCACUUAGCAGUCGGCUCAUUAAGUAUGAGAUAAUGAGUGUGAAUUUGAAAUCUAGGGAACUAGAAGGAGUGACUUGAAUCUAAAGCCCCUAAGCAGCAUGAAUAGUUAAGUAAUAUAAAUCAGUAAAGCAAUGGUAUUAUAUCUGCUUCCGGACUUAAUAAGUUGAACAAUAUUAAAUAGUAUCUUAAA